CUUAAACGACAUACGUGUCUCGCACUGACGUCGCCGCUCUCGCUCUCUCUCACUCCCCCUCUCUCUCUCUUUCCCACAUUCCCUCAUUCUCUCUCGCUCUCAGAUUUCUGUGUUUUUUUUCAGUUGGUUUCCAAAGGCGCGCCGUCGCAGUUCGAAAACCGCGGCUCUCGCCAUCAAAAUUAAAAAACAACAGCAGUUUAAUUUAAAUAAUUACAAAAGAGUCUAUUUAAAAAAACCUUCUCAAAGAAAGGAAAGAAGAAAAAUGGCGCGCGUUCAACAAAGAGAAAAUUAGAAACGAAAACGAUUUUUUUUUUAAGUGCUGACAAACAGCCCACCAACCAAAAUAAAUAUCCAAAAAAGUUAAAAGCAACAAAGCCAGAGGAGCGGGCAACCCUAAAAAGACAAAAGUGCGGUGGACAGAGAAGAGUGGGUCACCAGUGGGUCACCAAAACCGAAACGAACAAACCCCAAAAUCCAAAUCGAGGAUUCCCACACAAAGCAAACUGAGCAAAGGAGCAAGGAGCGGCGUAGCAAGCGAAGCGCCCGACCAACCAAAAAUGAAUCCGACGCCCGUGGGCAUUGGAUUCGGAUUUGGUCGCAAGCCGCCCAGCAAGGCCAGAAUGCGUUCUCGCUGGCGACCACCAACAGCGACAGCCCUGCUGACCCCUGCGACAACCCUGCUGGCCGAGGGCGACAACCACACGGCUGCCGAUCCACUGCAGGUCACUGCGUCAUCAACCUCGCCCAUCGGCGACCGCCAUCCACAGCACCACAGCAGCGCCAUCGAUCGGAGGCUGCAGCAGCAGCACCACCAACCACAGCACCACCGCCAGCGCGGCCAGUUCACAACCCUGGCGCUGCUGCUACUGGCCCUUGUGGCCAUCAGCAACCUGGAAACCCUGCUCGCCGUGCGCACCGAAGGACCGCGCAACCGCCAUGGAUCUCCAGGUGGCAGCUUGGCCAGCACAGGUGGCAGCAGUGGCAUCAACGCGGAGUGUCCAACGGACUCGUUCCGGUGCAACAACGGCAAGUGCAUCUCGCACCACUGGGUCUGCAAUUACCAAAAGGACUGCGACGAUGGCGAGGAUGAGAUGCAGUCGUGCCCUCCACCGGAAUGCGAAACGCCGCAGCUGAAUUGCGGGCAGUACACUUUUAACAAAACCUACUGCAUUCCACCGCAUUAUCGCUGCGAUAUGAUCGAGGAUUGUGAGGAUAAAUCGGAUGAGGCGCAGUGCACGUACCGCAAGUGCCAGCACACGGACCUCUUCUGCAACACGCCCACCGGAGCACCCGCGGAGGGCGCCCGCCUCACCGGUCCCUGCGUCCCCAUGGAGAAGCGCUGCGACGGCUACUUGGACUGCCGCACCGGGCGGGACGAGGUCGGCUGCACCGGCGUGGCCUGUCGCCUGGACCAGUUCCGCUGUGCCAACGGACUCAAGUGCAUCGACGCCGCUCUGAAGUGCAACCACCGCGACGACUGUGGCGACAACUCCGACGAGCAGGGAUGCAACUUCCCGCCCUGCCACCACGCCCAGUUCCGCUGCACGAACGCACUGUGCAUCCCGUACAACUUCCACUGCGAUGGCUACCACGAUUGCGCCGACAAGAGCGACGAGGCCAACUGCACGGCCAUCGCCUGUCCGGAUAACAAACACCUCUGUCCACGUGGAGGCGCCAGCGGCACGCCCAAGUGCAUCCUGAAGUCGCAGCUCUGCGACGGCAAGCGCGACUGCGAGGAUGGCAGCGAUGAGGAGACCAACUGCUCGAUCGCCUCGUGCCCCGCCCUGAGCUGUGAGUUCAAGUGCGGACCCUCGCUGACUGGAGGAGUUUGCUACUGUAAGCCGGGCCAGUCGCUGGCCCCGGACAACCGGACCUGCGUUGACCUGGACGAGUGCGCGGAGUGGGGUCACUGCGACCAGCUGUGCACCAACACACUGGGCUCGUACACGUGCCAGUGCGCCCAGGGCUAUACGCUCAUCAACGACUCCAAGUGCAUUGCCCCGGACGCGAAUAACUUGCAACUGAUAUUCGCCCACGAUCGCGCCAUCAUGCGAAUGCUGCCGCAUGGCAGUGAGCCCAAGGUUUUGGCCAAUGCCACGGCCGCCGCGGGCGUGACCUUCCAUUAUGCCCGGAACACACUGUACUGGUCGGACAUCAAGACGCGGAAGGUGCAGUCGCUGCCCCUGGAUGCGCAAAACAAGGCCGUCUCGCCCUUCGAUCAGACCCUUCCCGGCACCUGGGCUCCCGUCGCCCUGGCCGUCGACUGGGUGGGCGAUAAGAUAUAUGUGGCCGAUCUGGUGGGCCAGAAGAUCGAUGUCUUCGAGCUGAGUGGUCAAUGGCAUGCGGUCGUUCUGGGCUCUAAUCUCACAUCACCCGCCGAUCUGGCGCUGGACCCCACGGCUGGUCUGAUGUUCGUGGCGGAUGGCGGCCAGGUGCUCCGUGCCCACAUGGAUGGCACACAUGCGCGGUCCAUUGUCUCGGAGGCGGCCUACAAGGCCAGCGGUGUGACGGUGGACAUAAUCAGCAAGCGGGUCUUCUGGUGCGACUCCCUGCUGGACUACAUCGAAUCCGUGGACUAUGAGGGUGCUCAUCGGGUGAUGGUGCUCAGGGGUCAGCAGGUGCCGAGUCCCUCGCGAUUGGCACUGUUCGAGAAUCGAAUCUUCUGGACGGAUGCCACCAAGCAGGGCAUCAUGUCGGUGGACAAGUUCGAGGGUCCCACCUCCAUCCAGGUUACGUACAAGGCCAAGGACAUCAGGGAGCCGAAGGGCAUCAUUGCCGUCCAUGCGCUCAGCCAGCCCAGGGUAUCGAAUCCCUGUGGCAACAACAACGGUGGCUGCAACCACAUGUGCAUUGUGACCGCCGUGAAGGGUGCACCCACUGGCCUGGGAUUCCGGUGUGCAUGCUCGACGGGCUACCAGCUGGAAACGGAUCUGAAGCUGUGCAAGCCGGUCAGCGAAUUCCUCAUGUACUCGCAGCAGAGAUUCAUCAAGGGAAAGGUGCUGGAGCCGGUCAUCGAAGGAUUCAGUGAUGCCAUCAUGCCGGUGGUCUCGAGGCGGGCUCGUUUCGUCGGCCUGGACUUCGAUGCACGCGACGAGUUCAUCUACUACUCGGAUGUCCUGCAGGAUGUGAUCUACAGGGUGCACCGCAAUGGAACUGGCAGGGAGAUCGUCCUGGCCUCCCAGAACGAAGGCGUUGAGGGACUGGCCGUCGACUGGGCCUCCAAGAAUCUGUACUACAUCGAUUCGCGCAAGGGCACCUUGAACGUCCUCUCCACCCGGAAUGUCACGCACAGAAGAACCCUGCUGAAGAACCUGAAACGUCCCAGGGCCAUUGUGGUCCAUCCCAAUCGCGGUUUCAUUUUCUUCUCCGAAUGGGACCGUCCUGCGAAUAUCACCAGGGCAAACACAGAUGGCAGUGGUCUGCUGGUGUUCAAAAAUGUGACCCUCGGCUGGCCAAACGGACUCUCCAUCGACUUCAAGGAGGAUCGGGUCUACUGGUGCGACGCUCUACUGGAUCACGUGCAGCAUGCCAACCUGGACGGAACGGACAUUAAGACGGUGAACUCUCGCCUGGUGCGACAUCCCUUCUCCAUUGUCAUUCACAACGACUGGAUGUACAUCACGGACUGGCGCCUGGACGCCAUUAUACGUCUGCACAAGCUAACGGGCGAGCAGGAGGAGAUGAUGGUCAGAGAACCGCAAACCAACAGACUCUAUGGCGUCAAAGUGUACAGUCAUGAGGUGCAGCGAAUCGCGGAUACGCAGCCUUGUCACCGAAACAAUGGUGGCUGCCAGAAGAUCUGCUUCGCUGUUCCCAUAGGAGCAUCAAAUGGCACUGAUGCGGUGACCACCGCGUCCCCCUCGUUCGGUCGCCUCCAGUCCCGCUGCUCGUGUCCCUAUGGCGAACGCUUGGCCGACGACCAGGUGAGCUGCAUUCCCGAUCCCAGUGCCGAGCCGCCAGUGCAACCCUGCCCGAACUCAUGGGACUUUACCUGCAACAAUCAGAGGUGUAUUCCCAGGUCCUGGGUCUGCGACGGUGAUGACGACUGUCUGGACAACAGCGAUGAGGAGCAGAACUGCACAAAACCCACUUGUGGAUCCAACGAGUUCCAGUGCCGAUCGGGUCGCUGCAUUCCGCAGAACUUCCGCUGUGACCAGGAGAACGACUGCGGCGACAGCUCCGACGAGCAGGAGUGCGGUAAUGUGACCUGUGGAACCUCCCAGUUCGCCUGUGCCAACGGACGCUGCAUUCCCAACAUGUGGAAGUGCGACAGCGAGAACGACUGUGGGGACAGCAGUGAUGAGGGCGACUUCUGCGCCGAGAAGACCUGCGCCUACUUCCAGUUCACCUGCCCGAGAACCGGUCACUGCAUUCCCCAGAGUUGGGUUUGUGACGGCGACGACGAUUGCUUCGACAAGCAGGACGAGAAGGAUUGUCCGCCGAUAUCCUGUCUGGCGAAUCAGUUCAAGUGCGCGGAUCUGAGGCAAUGCGUGGAGGAGUCCUACAAGUGCGACGGCAUACCGGACUGUAAUGAUGGCUCCGAUGAAGUAGGCUGCCCCUCCAUGGGUCCGAACCAGUGCAACCUGGAGAAGCACUUCCGCUGCAAGUCCACCGGCUUCUGCAUACCCAUCGCCUGGCACUGUGAUGGCUCCAACGAUUGCUCGGAUUACUCGGAUGAGCAGGACUGUGGUCAGAUCACCUGUGCCCAGAACUUCUUCAAGUGCAACAACACGAACUGCGUGUUCAAGGCGUACAUAUGCGAUGGCAAGGACGACUGUGGCGAUAACUCGGACGAGGGAGCGGAGCACGCCUGUGUCCCACCCCCCUUCAAGUGUCCUCAUGGCCAGUGGCAAUGUCCCGGAGUUUCCGAGCGGUGCGUGAACAUCACAUCUGUGUGUGAUGACACCCCCGAUUGUCCCAAUGGUUCGGAUGAGGGUGAGGGCUGCGAUUUGGCCGAGUGUGAGCACCAGGCGGGUCAGUGCUCCAGCUUCUGCCAGAAGACGCCCAACGGAGCGUUGUGCGUGUGUCCGCCGGGAUCGGAGAUAGGCGAAGAUGGCUACACCUGCAUAGAUAGCAACGAGUGUGAUCCGCCGGGCCUCUGCUCCCAGCAGUGCACCAACACCAAGGGCUCCUACUUCUGCUCCUGCACGGAUGGCUAUGUUCUGGAGCCCAACAAGCACACUUGCAAGGCAGUCAACCACACCGCCGCCUUCCUGAUCAUCUCCAAUCGGCACUCCAUUCUCGUGGCGGAUCUGAAGGAGCAGGGACUGGAGAGGGUGCCCAUCAUAGUGGAGAAUGUGGUGGCCACUGCUUCCAAUAUGCACACAGGCACCAUCUUCUGGAGCGACAUGAAGCUGAAGAAGAUCUCCCGCUUGGACCGCGGCAUGGAGCCCCAGGAAAUCAUCAACACGGGCCUGGACUUGGUCGAGGGUCUGGCCUACGAUUGGAUAGCCCAGAAUCUCUACUGGUUGGACAGCAAGCUGAACACCAUCGAGGUGUCCGCGGAGAAUGGUUCCAAUCGCCUGGUCCUGGUCAGGGAGAACAUCACCCAACCCAGAGGCAUGUGCAUCGAUCCCAGUCCCGGAGCAAGGUGGAUCUUCUGGACCGACUGGGGGGAGAACCCAAGGGUGGAGAGGAUUGGCAUGGACGGAACCAUGCGGAAGACCAUCAUCAACACCAAGAUCUAUUGGCCCAAUGGCUUGACCCUGGAUAUAGCAACCAAGAGGGUCUACUUCGCCGACUCCAAGCUGGACUUUAUUGAUUUCUGCUACUACAACGGCACCGGGCGACAGCAGGUCCUGGCCAGCAGUCACUAUCUGCUGCAUCCGCACUCGCUGUCCCUGUUCGAGGAUACCCUCUACUGGACCGACAGGCAGUUGAACCGGGUGUUGUCCGCCAACAAGUUCCGCGGCAAGAACCAGACCGUCGUGUCCCACCUGAUCAGUCAGCCCUUGUCCAUCCACGUCCAUCACGCUUCCCUGCAGCCCAUGACCCCGAAUCCCUGCGCCGGAUCUCGCUGCCAGCACCUGUGCCUGCUUAGCCCCAGUGCCCAGGAGGGUUACUCCUGCAAGUGCAAGCCGGGCUUCAAGCUGCUGAGCGAAGGUCGCUGCAUCGAGGAGGAGAACCCCUUCCUCAUGGUCGUCAAGGGCACGCAAAUUGUGGAUCUGCCGCUGAAUGGCGGCGAUGCGAGAGCCGGAGCCCUGGCCCCAGUGAUUGGAAUCGAAAGCAGCACGGGCUUGGACUUCGAUCGCAAGGGAGAGACGCUCUACUGGGUGCAGGGCAGGGAGGAUGACGAUGAGAACUGCACCAUCUAUACAACGCCCUAUGGCGGUGGCAAUAAGACACUCUUCCUGGGCACCGAAAACGGAAUUGUGGGCGCCCCCUAUACCAUUGCAUUCGACUGGCUGGGCAGAAACCUCUACAUUGGCAACCGGGUGGCCAGCAACAUUGAAGCCGUGCGAGUGGAUGGCAAGCAAAAGUAUCGCACCAUAAUCCUGGCGAACGAUGGAUACCCGAACUCCGUGUCGCGGCCCAAGCAAAUUGCACUGGAUCCCACCGACGGCAAGCUCUUUUGGAUCGAUGAAGGUGUUCUGGAAGUGCCCAUUAAGAUUGGCAGAGUUGACAUGAAUGGACAGAACCCCAUUGUGGUCUUCGAGAAGUUUGCCCAUCCCGAAUCGUUGGCCGUGGACACGGACAAGAAAAUGCUGUACUACAGUGCCAGCAAUCCCGCAGUGAUCGGCUCCAUGGACUACAAUGGCGACGAUCACACGCUGAUCGCCAUGAAGGACUCGCAUCCGAUGGCCAAGCCCAAGAGCCUGGGCAUCCUAGACCACAGGCUCUACUAUCUGGAUCCGCUGUACGAGCGCAUUGUUCGGAUCGACCUGCCGCAUGGCGAUAAUCCCAAGACCAUUGUGGACAACGAAUCCGAUCUGCGCUCCAUGAUGAUCUACAAGAAGCGCGCCCUGAUGCAGCAUCCCUGCCAGACGAACAACGGUGGCUGCAAGCACCUUUGCAUUCCCGGACCUGGAGCCACCAGAACCUGUGCCUGCGGCAUUGGAUACCGAAAGGAGAACGAGAUCAAUUGCGUGGCCUAUAAGAUCUUCGCUGUGGUCUCCCAGCUGGACAUGAUUAGGGGCUACAGCUUGACCGACAGCUCCGAGGCCAUGGUUCCGGUCAGCGGGCCUGGUCACCACAUUCUGCACGUGGACGUGAUGUACCGGGAGCAGUGGAUCUACUGGGCGGAGUACAAUCGUGGCUACUGGAACGGCAUCUUCAGGUCGCGGCCCAAUGGCACCGAUUUGCAGCAUGUGGUCAAGGACGGCAUCGGCAGCAAUGGCAUCAGGGGCUUGACCAUCGAUUGGGUGGCCGGCAACAUGUACUUCACCAACGUGUAUCCCCACGAGAAUUACGUGGAGGUUUGCUGGCUGGACGGCAGCAACAGGAAGGUACUGGUGAAGACAACCACCGAUGCGCCACGCGAACUGGCCGUGAAUCCCAUCAAGAGGUUGCUCUAUUGGAUCGACUAUGGCCAGCAUCCUAGAAUUGGCAAGGCCCUCUUGGACGGCAGCAAGUGGACACCGCUGGUGACAUCGGGCAUUUCGCUGCCCCGCGAUCUCACCAUUGACAUGCAGACCCACGACAUCUACUGGGUGGACUCGAAGCUGGACACGAUUCAGAAGAUCUCCUAUAAUGGCGUCAAUCGCAAGGUAAUCCGCCGAGAUCUGCCCAAUCCCAUGGGCAUCGCUGUCUACCUAAACGAUGUCUACUGGGUGGACAGGAACCUGAUGACCGUCUUCAAGGCGUCCAAGCAUAGUGCCAAUGAAACCGCCACCAGCGUGAGGACGAACCUGGAGAAGCUUAGGGACAUUGCCAUAUACAACAUCAACAAUCAGCCGCAGGACGAUACAAAUCCCUGUGCCCAUUUGGGAAACGGCGGCUGUGAUCAGUUGUGCUUCAGUUUCCCACCGGACGGCGGAGCCACCGCCGGCACCUCCGGCAGGAAUUUCCGUUGCGAGUGCGCCACGGGCAAACUGGGCGCCGAUGAAAGAAAAUGUGAGGUGGUCAAUGAGUACCUGGUCUUCGCCACCAGAACUGAGAUUCGAGCUGUCAACCUGGAUCCGCAGUCCACGGAGGUGCCCUUCACUCCACUGACAAAUCUCACAAACGUGGUGGGCCUGGACUUUGACUUCGCCCACAACCGCAUGCUGUACACCCAGAUCCGUCCAUGGGCCAAGAUUGCGUACACCAAGGCAAACAAGCCGGGCCACGAUGACAUCACUGUCGUGCUGAACAAGGGCAUCAAUCCCGAGGGCAUUGCCUACGACUGGACCCAGCAGAAGAUCUACUGGACGGAUAGCUCGAACAACUCGAUAUAUGCCAUGAACCUGGACGGCAGCGAGCUGGUGAUGAUUGCCCGCGUGGAAAGACCGCGAGCCAUUGUCCUCGAUCCCUGCAACGGCACCCUCUUCUUCACGGAUUGGGGCAGGUUCGGUACCUCCGGCAAAAUUUUCCGCACCACCAUGGCGGGAUCUCUGAAGCGAGCCAUCGUGGACAAGGAUCUCUCGCAGCCCAGUGGCCUGGCCAUUGACUACGAUGAGCGACGCCUGUACUGGACGGAUGCGGUGAGGGAGAAGAUCGAGAGAUCCGAUCUGGACGGCCAGAACCGCGAGCUUCUGGUGGGCGCCACCAUCUAUCCCUUCGCCAUAACCGUGUUCAGGAACUACAUGUACUGGACGGAUCUGCAGCUGAGAGGUGUCUACAGGGCUGAGAAGCACACCGGCGCCAACAUGGUGGAGAUGGUGAAGCGCCUGGAGGACUCUCCGCGGGACAUCCGCAUCUACAGCGCCGAGCGCCAGAAGUGCAAUGUGAAUCCCUGCAGGAUCAACAACGGCGGCUGCGCCCAGAGCUGUCAUCCGGCUCCGAAUGGCAAGGCCGAGUGCAAGUGCGACGAUAGCACCAAGGUGGUGAACGAGGGCAGGAUGUGCGCCCCGCGCAACAACACGUGCGAGGCCAGCAAGUUCUACUGCAAGAACGGCAGAUGCAUCUCGAGGAUGUGGUCCUGCGACGGCGACGACGACUGUGGCGACAACUCCGACGAGGAUCCCAACUACUGUGCCUACCACUCCUGCUCGCCCAACGAGUUCCGCUGCAACAACGGACGCUGCAUCUUCAAGUCCUGGAAGUGUGACCACGAGAACGACUGCAAGGACGGCUCCGAUGAGCUGGGCUGCACCUAUCCACCUUGCGUGGAUGGCGAGUUCACGUGCGGCAAUGGACGGUGCAUUCCGCAGGCGCAGGUGUGCAAUGGCGUGAACGACUGCAAGGACAAUGCCACGUCGGAUGAGACGCACGAACGCUGUCCCAUGAACACCACUUGUCCGGCGAACCACCUGAAGUGCGAGAAGACCAACAUCUGCGUGGAGCCCUAUUGGCUGUGCGACGGCGACAACGACUGCGGCGACAACUCCGACGAGGAUCCCCUGCAUUGCGGCCAACGCACCUGCCCAACCAACAGCUUCCGCUGCCCCAACCACCGCUGCAUCCCAGCCACCUGGUACUGCGAUGGCGACGACGACUGCGGCGAUGGAGCCGACGAGCCGCCGGACUACUGCAAGUCCGAGGGACGCACCUGCUUUGGGGAUCUGUUCACCUGCGACAAUGGCAACUGCAUACCGAGGAUCUACAUCUGCGAUGGCGACAACGAUUGCCUGGACAACAGUGACGAGGACAACCGCCACCAGUGCAACGACCGCAAGUGUGACGAGGAAACGGAGUUCACUUGCGUGGAGAACAAGUCCUGGCAGCGCGCCCAGUGCAUUCCCAAGAAAUGGAUCUGCGAUGGCGAUCCCGACUGCGUAGAUGGCGCCGAUGAGAACACCACGCUGCACAACUGUGCCACCCAGCAGCCCUGCGGCGAGGACAUGUUCACCUGUGGCAAUGGACGCUGCAUCAAUAAGGGUUGGAUAUGCGACCACGACAACGACUGCGGCGACGGCACCGAUGAGGGCAAGUUCUGCAACUCCAAGUACAAGACGUGCUCGGCCCAGGAGUUCACCUGCCAGAACUUCAAGUGCAUCCGGAACCAGUCCAGGUGCGAUGGCGAGGACGACUGCGGCGACCACUCGGACGAGGUGGGCUGCACCAAGGAGAACAUCACCUGCCCCCAGGGCCAGUUCGCCUGUACGAAUGGCCAGUGCAUCGACUACAGCCUGGUGUGCAACAAGUAUCCGGACUGUGCCGACGAGUCCGACGAGCCCGCCCACUGCAACGUGAACGAGUGCGCCAAGGUGGAGAUCAACCAGUGUGGCCACAAGUGCGUGGACACCCUGACGGGCUACUACUGCGACUGCAACGAGGGCUACAAACUUCUGGCCGAUGGCAAAGCCUGCGCGGAUGUGGACGAGUGCCUGGAGCAGCCGGGAGCGUGCUCCCAGCACUGCUCCAACACCCCGGGCGGCUUCUACUGCAAGUGCGACGAGACCUACUACGAGCGGCAGAACGACGAGCACACGUGCAAGCGGAAGGACACGAUCCCGCCGUGGCUGAUCUUCACCAACAAGUACUACGUGCGCAACAUGUCGGUGGAUGGGCACCAGUACAAUCUGAUGCACCAGGACCUGAUGAACGUGGUGGCGCUGGACUUCGACAUACGCGAGCAGUACAUGUACUUCUGCGAUGUGACGGCCAAGACGAUCUUCAGGGCGAAGUAUGGAGAGGCGGACGACGAGCUGCCGCCGGAGCGGGAGGCUGUCAUACGGCACGACUCCCAUGGCCUGGAGGGCAUCGCCAUCGACUGGGUGGGUCGCAAGCUGUACUGGCUGGACCGGCACUCCAAGAACCUGGACGUCUCCGAACUGGAUGGCACCAAGCGCAAGACACUGCGCAGUGGCGUCGUCGAUCCGCGCGCCAUAGUCGUGCAUCCUGGAAUCGGUUACCUGUACUUCACCUCCUGGCACCUGCAGGCCUACAUUGCCAAAAUGGGCAUGGAUGGCUCGAACUUCUCGAGAAUUCUGAACUGGAACGACGGCAUCGCCUGGCCGAAUGCCCUGUCCAUCGACUACUUCACGGACCGCAUUUACUGGGCGGAUGCCCACCUGGACUACAUAGCGUAUGCCGACCUGGAGGGCAGGCAUCGCCAUACGGUGCUCUCGGGCAGCAAGGUGCCGCACGUGUUCGCACUGAGUCUCUUCGACGACUACAUCUACUGGAGUGACUGGAACCUGAAGGCGAUCGUGAGGGCCAACAAGUUCCAUGGCGCCAACUAUACGGUGCUGCGGAACACCACCCAUCGUCCCUACGACCUGCACAUCAACCAUCCGCUGCGCCAGUUGCCCUACACCAAUCCGUGUGGCACGAACAAUGGCGGCUGCUCCCACCUCUGCCUGAUAGCUCCGCCGCCGGAGUCCACCUACCUGAACAUCGAGGGCUACAUUGAGGAGGGCGCGCCGAUCUUCAAGUGCGCCUGUCCCAACCAGUUCUAUUUGGCCCGGGACAUGAAGACUUGCGUGGCCAACUGCACGGCCGGACAGCACUUGUGUGGCGGGCGGGAUGAGAAGUGCAUACCAUGGUUCUGGAAGUGCGACGGCGAGAAGGACUGCAAGGAUGGCUCCGACGAGCCCGCGACAUGUGCUCCGCGUCACUGCCGGGCCGGCACGUUCCAGUGCAAGAACACCAACUGCACACCGUCGGCGACCAUCUGCGAUGGAGUGGAUGACUGCGGCGACCGCAGCGACGAGCAGAACUGCGAUCUGCCCUGUCCACUGUCCGAUUUCAAGUGCAAGUCCAGCGGCAGAUGCAUCCUGGACAGCUGGCGCUGCGACGGAGAUGCCGACUGCAAGGAUGGCAGCGACGAGGACCCGGCUGUGUGCUACAAGCGCACCUGCGAUCCGAAGACCGAGUUCUCCUGCAAGAACGGCCGCUGCAUCCCGCAACUGUGGAUGUGCGACUUCGACAAUGACUGCGGCGACGACUCCGACGAGCCGGCGUACAUGUGCCGCCAGAGGAACUGCACCACCGGGUGGCAGAGGUGCCCCGGCCAGUCCAACUACCGCUGCAUCCCGAAGUGGCUGUUCUGCGAUGGCAAGGACGAUUGUCGCGACAACAGCGAUGAGCUGCCGGAGAACUGCCCCAAGUGCAAUCCGGAAACGGACUUCAAGUGCGGCAACAACCGAUGCAUACCCAAGCAAUGGAUGUGCGACUUCGCGGACGAUUGCGGCGACGCCAGUGACGAGAACGAGGCGGUGUGCAAGGGUCGCUAUCGUGAGUGCUCCGAGUCGGAGUUCCGCUGCGGCAACGGCAAGUGCAUCUCAUCCCGCUGGCAGUGCGACCACGAGGACGACUGCGGCGACAACUCGGACGAGAUGCACUGCGAGGGCUACCAGUGCAAGAAUGGCACCUUCCAGUGCGCCUCCGGCCACUGCAUUGCCUCCUACUUCCGCUGCGAUGGCGACCGCGACUGCCGCGACAUGUCCGACGAGGUGGGCUGUCCGCCCAGGUUCCCCGGCGGACGCUACUGUCCGGAGUCGCGCUUCCAGUGCAACAACAACCUGUGCGUCUCGCUGUCCGACUUGUGCGACGGCACCGACGACUGCGGCGAUGGCAGUGACGAGGAUCCCAGCGUUUGCAGCGACUUCAACUGCGACACCCUGCGGCGCUUCCAGUGCUCCAACCAUCGCUGCGUCGCCCGCUACCAGAUCUGCGAUGGCGUGGACAACUGCGGCGACGGCAGCGAUGAGAACAACAUGACCCUCUGCGCCAGCAAGCAGAAGCCCUGCGAUCUCUACACCCAGUACCAGUGCGCCAACAAGCACUGCAUCGAGCGGUCCCAGGUGUGUGAUUUCUCCGACGACUGUGAGGACGCCAGUGACGAGUUGGGCUGCCACCACACGAGCAGUUGCUCCGAGGCCAAUCGCGGCGGAUGCCAGCACCACUGCCACAACCUCACGGACGGCGGUUACAUUUGCACCUGCUAUCCGGGCUACAUCAUAGCCGCGGACAACAAGAAGAAGUGCUCCGACGUGGACGAGUGCCUGACGCGGCAGCACACGUGCUCCCACCAGUGCCACAAUCUGAAUGGCACCUACUCGUGCAGUUGCCGCGAGGGAUUCCAUCUGACGGACGGCGCCAGCGGCGUGUGCCGUGCCGAAAAGGAGGAUGUGGUGCUCGUGUUCGCCAAUGGCCAGGAGAUCAGAGGUCUGGAUCUGCAGAAGCGCGAGGAGUUCGAUGUGAUAGCGGCGGAGAAGCGGAUCGAGGCGCUGGACUACGAUGCGCAGCAGCAGAUCAUCUUCUGGGCGGACAGUUACGACAAGACCAUUAAGCGCUCCUACAUGGUCAAUGCCAUUGAUGGCCGGGCCAAGAUCGGAUUCGCCCAGGAUCUGAACAUGAAGGGCGGCUCGAAGCCCACUGCCGUGGCCGUCGACUGGCUGGCCUCGAAUCUCUACUGGACCGAGAUGGACAGGACGGGCUCCAAGCCGCGUGGCCGUGUCAUGGUUGCCAAGACCGAUGGUCGCUAUCGUCGCUCCAUCGUGAACGCUGGACUGGAGGUGCCCACCUCGAUUGCUGUGAAUCCGCAGCUGGGUAGAAUAUACUGGUCGGAUGCGGGAUCAGCGCCCAAGAUCGAGGUGUCCUGGAUGGAUGGCUCUAAGCGCCGACCACUGAUCACCGAGCUGAUACGCCAUCCCGCCGGCCUGACCAUCGACUACUCGCAGGACCAUAUCAUCUACUGGGUGGACACCAAGCUGAAUGCCAUCGAAUCGAUGAGAGCCGACGGCUCCCGCCGAAAGGCCAUUGUGAGAGGCGACCAACUGAGGCAUCCGGUGUCCCUCGAUCUGUUCGAGUCGAACAUGUUCUGGAUGACCCGCGAUACGGGUGAACUUGUGCGCCAGGACAAGUUCGGGCGCGGAGUGCAGGUGGUGCUGCAUCGCAAUCUUGUCAAUCCGUCCGGCCUGAAGGUGUACCACGACAAGCGGUACAACACCUCGCUGCCCAAUCCGUGCGAGAACUCCACCUGCUCCCACCUGUGCCUGCUGGUGCCGGGCGGCCAUAGCUGUGCCUGCCCAGACGCCUCUGGACCGCCGCCCUCCCACCGCAGCACCGCCGAGGUCAUCUGCAAUGCUGCCGCGGAGCAUCCGCGACCGGCGCCGCGAAUCUGCCCCUGCCAGAAUGGUGGGCUCUGCAAGGAGGACGCCCAGGGUGAGCUGGUGUGCGAGUGCAUUUCCGAGUUCCGUGGCGAGCACUGCGAGACGAGCACCACGGGAGCCUUUGGCCAUGGCGGCGCCAAUGUCACCGCCGUCGUGGUGCCCAUCAUGGUCAUCCUGCUGGUGAUGAUGGCCGCCGCCGGCGCCUGGUACGUCAUCCGGAAGCGACCAUUCGGCAAACUGGCCCGCAUGCCGGCGAUGACCUCCUCGCAGAGCGUGACCUUCCGUCACGGCUCGAAUGUGGAGUUCAACGAGAGCGGCUUCCCAGGAGCCUCUGCGCCGGGCGCUGGUGACGUGGCGCCCAUCGAGGGCUACAACCUGCAGACGGUGAACGCGAACAAGGCCCGCGACUUUGCCAAUCCGAUGUACGAUGCCGUGCAGUCGGGCACCACCGCCGAUCCGGGCAUGGGCAACGGUUCGGGCAUCUAUGAUGUGCCCGGCGAGCCGUCGGCCAAGGGCAAGUCCAUAGGCCACCAUGCGGGCGGCUCCUUCACGGAGCCCGCCUCGGCGAUCAUCGCGCCCAGCAGCAUCACGCACAAGGCGUCGCCGCAGCUGCAGCUGCGCACCAGGGAGCUGGAUCCUUCGGCGGACACCGGCAAGGACACGCAGUUCCUGGUGGAGGAGGACAAGUCCGAGUGCUGAUAUCAAGCCCGUCAAUCGGCUGUCGUUGCGGCGGCAGUUGCGAUGGCCAGUUGCCGCCAGCAGCGCCGGCAGCAGCAGCAGCAACAAUCCGAGAACAGCUAUCCGCUGCAGACAUAACACAUACUGGUCAAGCAGAGGGGGGAGCAACAGCAAAAGCCGCAGCCACACCAACAGCAGCAACAUCUGCCGCCGCAACAGCAGCAACAGCAGCAGCAUCAGCAGCAGGGACAGGGACGCUCUAGUAGUAAACAUCACAAAUCCUGGCAGGCAGCCACCGCUGGCAAGGUCACCACCAAGGUCUAGCCGUGACCCCAACAGAAACCACACACCACCCACAGAGAGGAGCAACACGAAAUGGAGCAGAAGAUGGAGGAGAAAGAGGUGUAGGAGGAGGAGGAGGAGGAGGCGGAGGAGCAAGUCCUCGGGGCUGGGGACGCCAAUAAGAAAACAUAUCCAAAAAAAUGAUAAACAUAUGCAACCCCCCACAGGAGAAACCAACUAAAAACAAAAACUGUUGCAAUUAUUAUUAAAUAUUUACUAAAAACAAAACUAUAAAUGUACACAAACAACUAAGAGAGCAACACAGCAACUUUUGUAAAGCCAAUUUUUGUAGCCCACUGUUUUUUUUUUAUUUUUAAUUUUGUGCGAAACUAAUGUUUUUUGCUAAUCGAAAUACUUUUGCGUAAACAGGAGGAUUGUAAAAA